AUGGAGUCCCUAGCCGAUACCACGGCCUAUCUCUAUCACCAUGUGGUUCUUCCACCAAAGCUACCACAACAAGAUGAUCGAAGCGCUCGAAAUGACGCUGCCCUCCUUGAGGUCGUUGUCCAGGCUCUGAAAACUCUGAAAGUUCAUGUGAAGAACGAACACGUCGGGCCUGUCAUGGCGGCCAUUGCCACUGUCGAAAACCUCCGUGGUAGCCGUGAUAAGCAUGGACUCACUAGCGAACUACAACUGGAACGUCUUCUUGCCCAAAUCACGAACGGCGAUACUGCUGGCGCAGUUCCCAUUGAGAUUCGGGGACAGAACGCUGGAAUACUCGCCAGCCGUUCUGGGGAUAACAUUGAAUUCGAGUUCUUCGAGCUUUCACCUACUAACGAAGCCGCUAUGAAAUCCGGACGACUCAUACGAAGCUUUCCGGGAUAUGCGGCACGCAUCCCCGUGACCAAAAUGGCCCGCAAUGUAGGAUUACUUCAGUCGAUCUCCAGUACCUUGGCGAAGAUGACGACUCAGAAGGUCCCAAGCUUCCAGCCAAAAAUCACCAAGAACGGAAAGAUCAUGAGCGAAGAACGCGACACUACCAAUCCCGGCAUAGUCACGAACUUGUAUAUGAACACUAUCGCAGCUUUUGGUGAGCCAAUAGACGUCAAGCGCAUCUGGAAACAUACCCGUGAAGAGGUACUCUGGAAUACCUGCCUUUCACCAUGGCGACGUUCUCCGCUGUGGCUUUUGUUGCGUGUAUCGCUACAGCUUCUUUUCGUACGCGAAGCACCAGGUACACUGCACGAGGACGGGUUGUACAAGGCAUUCAUGGUCUCCAUGUUAGCACGACUGCUUGAAUUAGCUCAGCGCAACUGGAAAAUCUUGGGAAGCGAACCAAUCCAUGUCAUCUCUGCGAAGUUAAUGCGUCGACUGCGCAAAUUCAAGGCUCUCGAACAGUCCGAUUACCUCGAGACUUCUUUGGUCAGCUACGUCGAAACUGGCAUUUUCAAUGCUCAUCGCUUAAUCAACCAACACUGGCUUGGCUUGGUCAAGAACACUGAAGGUAACAUCGACACAAGCGUUAUUGCCAGUCUACAACCCGAGGCCGACCUUGACAUGAACCUUUCGGGACUGGACGCCUUCCUGUCUCAGAUAAUUUCUCGAAAGCAAGAGCACAUCCUGUCAACAUACGUCCCUACAUCACUAUACCCAACGUUCUGUGCAUCUAACCUCCCAACCAAUCUGGACGGCCCUGAUGACUACAAGCACUUUCGUCUGGCGGCUCUGGAGCAUUGGGUCGAACAUAACCUAUCGGAUUGGACUCGUAACCACCUCCAUGAUUCGAACGCCUGUGAGCAACUUCGUAUGUUGAUGAGAAUCUACUACAAUAUCGCCAAUACUGCGUAUGAUCAGUCACCGAUCGCCAUGUCAGUCAUGUACCUAACUCUUGCCGAGCUUUGGAUCUCAUGCGAUAGGUGCGCAUGCGCUGUUUAUCCCAUGUUGACCGAUUACGAUCCAGAGGUCAAUCUGACGGAGUUCCAAUCGCUCGUACUUCCGCUGAAGAGCCAACUGAGUCGCCUCAACACUAUCGAAGGCUAUAUUGAUUUACGACGCCACAAAUCAAUCCGGGGAAGACCUUCUAUAUACCGGGAGUUCGGUAACCCUUUUUCGUUCGCAGUUCGAUAUUUCGACCAAUGCAAAUUGCUCCAGUCUACGUUGGAAAAUAUUGAAUAUGAUGCUACAGUCUCCCGGAAAAAGAAGUGUGAGGAAUUAGAGCGCCUCAAAGUUCUUUACCGCCAGUACAUGCACACCUACAACAAUACUUUGUGCGAUUAUCGUACGAUAGUUACAAAUCGUUACCAUGGAUACACCACGGAGGUUCAUGAUUAUAAUUGCGGCCGGUGUACAGCCAAGAUGAACGCAGACAACCUGAGCAUCUCAAUCUACGAGUGGCCGCUGUCCUCGUCAAGACCUGUGGCAAAAGCAACAGUGUUUGAAUUAAAAGUUCCCGAAGCUUUUAGUAACUGGAGAGAUGCCUCAACUUACUUCAUCACAACCGUGCUGGGUUGCCGCGAGAAGACCCCAGUGACGUCAAGAUUCUACUUUACGCUCCAGAACCAUCACGGUCUAUCUAGCGAACUAUCUGCAAACUAUUCGGGGAGAAUUGUCGUGCCACUGUCCGAAGUCAAAAGCCACACAGUCACGCACAGAAACAAUAUGAAAGCUGUCCAAAAUUUGAAGGAAGAUGACGUGUGUUUGGAGAAUGCGCUGAAAUAUCGUUAUUAUGAUACUACCAGCAACCAAUUCAACACAACAAUUCCAGUAUGUACGGAAGAGGUCCCGAAGAGGUGUAUGUACGAAAUGCCGCAGCGAUCAAAGAAACUAGAACGCUUCAUGUACCGUUUACCCUAUUCACCCGACGGUCUUCCUGCAAAUGAAGUCAUUGCCAGUUUGUCGGACUGCCCAGCUCACCUCUCCAUUGAUGAAUACAAGGCUUUGUGCGCAUUGUCUCUCGGAAACCACAUCUUGCAUUCCAACAUUCUUACCCAACUGGCGGUACCAGCAAUAGACUUUUCAAAGGUCGAGUCACAAUGCAUGGUCUUCCAGGCCGUACAGCAAGCUGGACUUCCAAAGCAAUGUAUUGAGCGUACAACUCAUCACAUUCUCAAGGAAGCCUCCUUUGGUCGUGCAUUGCUAGACCAGCUUGAGACCGCACUUGGGCGCAUUGAGGAAAAUUGGGAAUCAUGGCGAGCUUCAGCCACAUUCUCUUUACUAGCUCGAAGAGUUCUGAAUUUGACUACCGCCCAAGAAGUCCGCUCACGAGCAUUUAAUUAUCUCGUCCGACUGCGAUCUGUCUGCCUCAAAUGGUUUCUAAAGUUGAAGCAGAGAGCGGCUGCAUCGACAGAUGAUGGCCAGCGCACAGAACUCUACUCAAGGGCAGCAGAAAUUGCUCUUGUAUGCACAAGCACAUACGAUGUGGAAGAAGAUGAUUUUGGGUCGAUCCUAGAACAUGAAUCAGCAAUUUCGAUCCUCAUCCAGGCAUCGAUUCUUAUCCAGGAGAAUAUCGACUUCAUCCAGUCCGAGAACGAGAUUCUUUUGAGAAGCACGACUCUAUCGUGGAGGUUUAUGAUGUAUCGGAUCCUCCCCAAGCUACGUGAUCGCAUCCUCUCCAACAGCCAAAGUCUCUCAGACGCUGUCACUGCAAACUGGGCAGCGUUCGACCCAACUUCAGAGAACCCUUGGACUUCACUCGGUGACUGCAAGAUACACUGGCUCAAGACCACCUCAGGAUCGCUGUCAGUGCAUAUCAACUUACUUACUGGUGAACUUCUUGUAAAUGGUUUGCCAUUGUCUCGACUUCCUGUCGAAUACAUGUCCCAUUACAUGUACAAACCUUUGUUCCAAAAGUCAGCGUUGGAAGUCGUACCAACCAGCGAACCAGGAAUGCGUUUCUCGGCAAAGGCUUCAUACCACGACUACAAGCUUCACUUUGGAAUGAAAGGCAAUGAUAUGCUAGUAGUCGCCUAUGGAGAUAGCACAAAGUUCGAUCUGGUUCCAUCACGCGCAUUGCAGGAGCAGCUCCCUGAUGCAUUCUUGACAGACUACAUCCACUGGUAUGAUCACAAACGGCAGGAAGUAAUCUUUCGGCGUCGAGAUAACCCGUGGGAGUCAGCACCUGAAGAGUGGCGUUUGGCUCGCAAUGUUCAUAACAGUGCUUGGCAACUGAUAAAAGGUCAUGAGAUCUUGAUCAGCUUGAGAAGUCAGUCUGAGAGAAAGCUUUCUAAGAUACUCCGGUCAUUGGAAGAAGGGAAGCAUAUACAUGCCAAGCUCGACAUCGCAACUCAAAUGAUCAACAUUGAGCUUCCUCGACUUCAGCUCGGGUUUUACAUCAAGCAAGGAGGAAGUUCGAUAUACUCUUGCCAGUAUCGCGACAUGACUAUUGAUGAAAACCAGAGCAUUGGAACUCUUGUUGGCUUGGUCAGUAAGCUUGUGCUCAAGCAUGAGUAUACGGAAGAACAAUUGAUCCUCAUACCAGCACCCAACACCUUUGAUGCAUCGAGCGUCGCUUACUCCAGUAGUUAUCGUUCUGGCCAUCACCCCAUUGUGUCAAUCUGCAAGGGAAGUGUUCACAAGGUGUAUGCAUACACUAUAGAUACAGACCUUGGUAGACUGUUGGACACUUCGGAGAUACAGAGUCGACUUUUCUUGAGCUACCUGCAUGCCAUAACCUCUGGAUGUCUUCCAGAUCCGUUGACGCACCGCACUGGUACAGAAAGCGGUCUUGAAAUCCUUGGCUCAGCAGCAGUACGCUCAUUCGAUAUUCUCACUCCGGCAAAUGUAGAGCUUCUAUGUCAUAUAGCCGAGCUUUCCGCAAAGAGACAGUGGUAUCCUGAAAACCUAAGGGUGAUGCAAAACAUUGAUUGGGAUGAGCGUCUUCCAUCACUUUCGCAACAUGGCUCCUUUCGGACGACGGUGUCCAAUUUGCUGAAUCAAGCCGCAAAGAUGCGAUUGUUUCAUCCAGACAAUGGCGUUUUUACCUUGAUCGAUAAGGCUCAACAGAAACUGGCCCUUCUAUCGGACUGCCACUUGGAUCAACGUGAUAUGCUACGAUCAAGUACCUUCCGCGUUGCAGGAUUUGGUGCUGAGAAUUUCAACAAAGCUCGUGACAUUCAGUACCGGGCCAGGGACAUUGUGCAAAACGAUAGGGGGCGUCAUGCCUUCACCGCUGGCAUUCUAGCCCUCCGCGAUAAAGCUGCCUUGCACAGCUGCAUUUUGGAUCUCAAGGAAAAUCUUGUUCGCAAGCAUUUCCAAGGAGCUACUGUUCAAGGCGUUGACGAUUCCUUUGAUCCUGAAAGUCUUGGAUAUGAUUCUGAAUGGCUUGAAGAUCCCUCAAAGCACUUUGUUGCAAGUUGGUGCACGCUACAUCAAACCCUCUCCAAAGCUGGCAACCGCUACAGUUUAGCGACAUGGCUUUGCACAAUGGCAUUUGCCAAGAAUGCUGACAUGGAUAUAAUCCAAGCUCUGGUAGCAUUCUCCAGGCUACGAGAAAUGGCAGCCGUACGGCCGCCUGCUGCUUCCCGGUUCGAUUUGACGUGGGGAGAUAAAUAUGAAGCCACAAAGAUACGCUCGAUUCUUGUUCAAAAUUCCAGAUCCUUCGAUACAUCGGCGGAAGCUACGUUACCCAGAAAAAACCACGAGAGUUUUGAAGAACAUGAAAGGCGAAUGAAGGCAGUGUUUGAUUCUCGGAAGAACAACGCAAUCGAGGGUAUUGCUGAAGACUUACAAAACCAAGCAUCUGUUCGAACACCUAAUAUAGAGUCAAAGCUUGAGUAUACGAGGUAUCUUGAUCUUGCAGAAGCAAUGGUGAGAAUUCGAGAUUGUUUCAAAAGCUGGUACGACAAUCGCCAGUUCCUGGACUAUCUUGGGCGGUCGACAGAAGUACUGGCGCGUCAGAUUGUCUUGAGCGUAUCUCCACCGCAUUACUGCCUCUCUCUACCUCAAAGAAAGGCGGGCCUGGACCCUGGCAACCGCUUUUUUAGCAUAGGGAGUAUUUUUGCUGCCUCGACACCUUUCGCGUGCAAAGAUGUUUCAAAUUUGAGCUUUCCCACACCACCAUCUGAGCCACAAAUUACGAUUGCGAAAACACAUGAGCCUACAGUGCAUUCCCAGACAAUGUACAGGCUCGAAGGGCUUUGCAAACACCUCAUUGCAUAUUCCAAAUCGAAAUGUGAGCGAGAGUACGUUGAGCAUCUACGUAUGAGCUGUGAAGCCUUCGAAAAACAUCUCAACACCAACUACACACAACAAGAGCUGGUUGUCAAUGCCGCAACCAUUCUGAAAGAGCAUUUGGACGACUGUGUCAGGCAUCUCAAGAAGAUCUCCUCCUCAUUUGAAAGUCUGUUCCGUAGCGAGAUUGAGUUUCAGACUAAGCAUGCGCCACGGGUUUCGCCUACCUUUUGGCUCAGUCAGCUGCAUCGAGAUCGCUUCGAACUUUUGCCGGAAGACUGGAAAGAGGUCGUCAUAGAAUAUUCUUUGGCCAUAACUAAUAUGCAAAGGGCUCAGAGAUUGGUUCGUCUCUCCAGCAAGCCGGUAGAGCUUAUGGAAGAAUUACAACACGUUGGACAUUCCAACUGGAAUGUGCGUCAGUUCCCUGAGACGCUUCUCCUCGAGGCCGAAAGCGGCAUCCUAGUUCGCAAGGAGCAAGAAUACAUCGCAAGUCAGAUGCGUUCACCAGAGAAUGGGCAAAACGUGGUACUGCAGCUGUUGAUGGGAGGUGGCAAAUCGACCACCAUUGUUCCAAUUCUGAGCGCUCAUCAUGGCGACAAAGAAAAGCUAGUGAGGGUAAUAGUUGCGAAGCCUCAGAGCAAGCAAAUGCUACAAAUGCUUGUAGCUAAGCUUGGAGGAAUGUUGGGCAGAAGGGUCUACCAGAUGCCCUUCUCACGUAACCUUCGACUUAGCGCCAAUGAUGCUCAGACCAUCCGCCAGAUCUACGACGAGUGCAUUGCAAACCGCGGCGUGCUUCUGAUUCAACCUGAGCAUAUUCUAUCUUUCAAACUCAUGGCUGUGGAAUGCGUCCUCCUCGACCAGCAAGAAACGGCCCGGUCGCUACUGUCGACCCAAGAGUUCUUUGACAGAGUCUCAGUCGACUGUGUCGAUGAGAGCGACGAGAACUUUUCUGUGAAAUUCGAAUUGAUAUAUACCAUGGGAGAACAACAGCCAAUCGAGUUUGCUCCCACACGAUGGUUCAUCAUUCAGGAUGUCCUAACACCUCUGGCAUCUGUGGCUGCCCGGGUCAAGGAAGAGCUGCCUGAUGCAGUCGACAUUCAAGACGAUGGUGACAGCAAGUUCCCGCGAAUCAGAUUCUUGCAUUCCGACUCUGCUGAUCGGGCCUUGCACCUGCUAGCAGUGCAUGUUGUCCAACAAGGCAUUGGUAUUCCUUCAAGGUCGCAACCACCAACCAUGCAAGACGCAAUCAUCCGCUACAUUACUCAGACGGACUUGAAGCGCAAAGAAAUUAAUGCAGUUGAGAAAAGCAAGUUUUGGACCGAAACUACAAAGUCUCCUCUACUCUUGCUACGCGGCUUGUUUGCUGAUGGUGUUCUUCGAUUCAUAUUUACAAUGAAGCGAUACCGCGUCAACUUUGGCCUAGAUCAUUCCCGUACGCCGAGCACUUCACUUGCGGUACCAUAUAGAAGCAAAGACUCACCUUCACCGAGGUCUGAAUUCUCCCAUCCCGACGUCGUCAUCAUUCUCACGCUCUUGUCAUACUACUAUCAGGGUUUGACCGAUAACGAACUCUUCGACACGAUCAUUCAUAUCUUGAGAUCUGAUCAAUCAGUUAUAUACUAUGAUGGGUUCGUUCGCACUGCAUCUUCCACCCUGCCAAAGGCAUUUCGACAACUUGCCGGAAUAAGUAUUCGAGAUCGACAUCAGUGCAUUACGGAAGUGUUUCCCAGCUUGAGACACUCGAAGAACGCAAUCGAUUAUUACCUCGCGCGUUUGGUCUUUCCCAAACAACUCAAGCAAUUCCCUCAGAAGCUUAGUGCGUCAGGCUGGGACCUCGCGAUCAAGAAGCCGCACCCUACGGCCGGAUUUUCUGGUACAAACGAUACCUUGCAUCUACUCCCACUCAACAUCAAACAUCUUGACCUACCAAGUCAACACCAUACCAAUGCACAGGUGCUUUCAUAUCUGUUAAUGGACGAGACGUCGGUGGAAAUCCUGCCUGUGCGCAAAAUCGGUAGCGCUACCAGUGAUGGUGAGCAUUUGCUGACAUUCAUCAAGAACUUGGACUCAGAUGUCAGGGUUUUGUUGGAUUGUGGAGCCUCGAUCCUUGAACAAAAUAAUCGACAGGUUGCUGAGACAUGGCUGAAGAUGCGCAACAGCGACGUCCAGGCGGUAGUCUACUUCGAGAAUGAAGAGUUGGCAGUUCUCGAUCGCAGUUCUCGAGUUGAUUCAUUCCAGACAUCGCCUUACGCCAAGAUGCUGGAUUCAUGCGUGGUCUACCUAGACGAGGCACAUACACGUGGAACAGACUUGAAGCUCCCACGUAAUUAUCGCGCCGCACUUACAUUGGGUAGCCAACUGAGCAAGGACCGACUUACACAAGCUGCAAUGCGGAUGAGGAAGCUGGGCCAUGGACAAGCUAUUACAUUUAUUGUACCCGCAGAAAUCAGGACCAAGAUCUAUGAGCGGACUGGAAAAUCUUCGGAUACCCAGAUUGAUGCUCGCGACGUACUAUCAUGGGCAGUCGGAGAGACAUGGUCUGACUUGAAGAGGAGUCUCCCCUUGUGGGCAGUACAAGGCGAACGAUUUGAGCGACACAAGAACCUCAUAAAUGGCGCCAACACUACGGAGGAUGACGCGAAAGCUUUUCUGGAGAAUGAAGCCGUUGAUCUAGAAACGCGGUACAAGCCUCGCACUCAGGACGCAAAUCGCUUCACACAGCUCAGCAACUGGGACAUGUCUAAUCCCAACAUCGAUAGGAUUGUAUCACGGUGCCACAAUUUUGAGGCCAUGAACUUUGGAUCUGCUACAUUGAGUGAAGAGCAAGAGCGGGAGCUUGCGCCCGAAAUCGAAGAAGAACGCCAGAUCGAGCGCCCUCCACGUUUGGAUGCCCUAAAGCAUCAAGUCCAUAAACAUCUCAGGCAGCUAGUUACUACCGGUGAAUUCGUCACGAACUUCGAAGCAUGGAAGCCAGCAUUUCAAGCACUGAAAACGACUAGUGCAGGGAAACUCACUAAUCUGAAAGAGUUCCCCUGCGAUUUGUUGGUAACGCUAGACUUCAUGCAAACAGUCAGCCCACCUUCAGGCUCGACCCGUGCCUCUUUCAUCUCGGACUCCUACCAACGACCAGUGCAAUUUGUACUUUCUGUACCGGACCCGCAUCGCCCAAGAAAUGUCGGGAAUCUCAUCGUUAUCAGCCCCUAUGAGGCGAAUCACCUACUGCCAUUGAUCCGCGAGCACAAGAAAGUCACGCUCCAUUUGUUCGCCGCCCGCGCCAACGUCAGUUAUGCAUCUCUCGACGGGCUCACCCUGUACAACAUCGGUCGGUCCUUCACCCCAGGCUCUGUCUCACGAAGCUUGACCACUCAGCUCAACCUAUUCGCCGGCAGUCUCUACCUCCGCUCUCUGGCCGAAUACAACGAGCUCUGCGAUUUCCUGGGUCUCCUACAAGGCAGGGCGGAAGAAGGUCAGCAGGUGUAUGCUGAUGGUUUCAUUGAUCCUCCGACUGGGAAAUGGGGUCUCACAAAGUCGCCUGUACCCUUUUUAAGUGGUUUGCUCAUGAAGAUUCGCCGUGAGGGCGAGGGUGUCGAGAAGACGCAUAUGGGCAAGGUUUUGAGCGGUGUUGCUUUGGAUCAAGGUGAUUUCGAUAGGAUCAAGUAUUGA